UACACAUGCACAUGAAGUGUUACCACAGCAAGACCUCCACAAAUCCACUUGAAUCUUGACACCACAUGAUGGCACAUUAACACGGAGACGAUAAUAGUGCACAGAUGAGCACCGAUACAAAUGCCAACCCUGCACCCAAGGAUGCCGAGGAGAAGAAAGCGGCCGGCUCGUCCUCCUCUUCAUCAGGGCACCUGGACGAAGACGAUGAUUUCUUCCAGAUCGAGGGACCGGUCCUCAAUACCCAAUUCUCCCUGGCUGGACCAAACCUCGACGGAUUCCCAGACCCGACAAGGAUCCCCUCGUCGGUCUUCGCAAGGACGUCAACAUUGCAAACCGACUGGAGUGUCACGUCGAAUGAGGCUCUCUUCAGCAUCGAUGUCGGGAACACGAGCUUCGACAAGGACCAUAAGGUCUUGUAUGGCAAGUCGGGUGAGAUGGGCAACCCCAACGAUCCUUUGGCGCCAUUGCCAUCGUUGCCGAAGCAGAGCCCAGGGUCUAGCCCCAUCAAGGGGGCAGUGUCACCCAAGGCAACCGGGGAAGGCAGCUCGACUGUGAAGGGGGAAGGAGACGCGGAUAGCAUAUCUCACCGUUCCGAAGGAAGCGCGACCAACUUUGCAUUCCCGAUAUUGGCAGGCGAUGAGAAAGCCAGUGGGUGCUCGAAGGACAACCAACCAGAUCUUGCCCGACAAAGCACAGCGCAACUGAGCCAUGCACCAGAGCCAGAGUCGCAUGAUGAGAAGAACGAAUCACCGAAAGCCGCAAUGGAAUCACCGAAAGCAGCAAUGGAAUCACCGAAAGCCACAACAGAAUCACCGAAAGCUGUAAUGGAAGCACCUAAACCUGAAGAAGCCCCAGUAGCAGAACCGGCACCGGCACCAGCACCAGCAGAGCCACCGCCAGCGACAAAAAUGUUUCCCUGCUGUUCUUGCUGUCCGUUCUGUUGCUAA